AGCCUCUUCGUGCAAAGCCCUCUGCCUACACCUUCAGCCACAACAAUGUCAACUAACACCGAGUCUACAAGCGAAAGUUCUUCUUUUAAUACGUCAACGACACAAGUAAUCACGCCUACAGCGACGAAACUUCUCAGUCUCACCACGCCAUUUGAACAACCACCUGGAUGCGACUCAAACUUUGUCCAAACAAGCGUCUUCCCUUCUGGCCAUCCAAAGUCUCCUGUGCCAAUUAUCCUUUCGACUGCUGAUUCGUCAUGUUAUCCAUCUGGCUGGGAGGAUGUUAUCCGUACAAGUCGCUUUGACUUUUAUCCGGCAGUCUGCCCGAGCGGUUGGAUAUACUACGACAUGCAAACAACAACUUCUGAGCUAUCGAUGGCCCGUUGUUGUAACAAGUUCGAAUGUACUAUACUUUUAUACUGAGAACGAAUUGUAACCAGG